AUGGCCGACCACGACAUCAAGGGAGUGGCAGAGCCACCUGCUACAGAUGAUAUUUCCAAUUCAGACGAGCGCUCCGCAUCCGUGGCGUCGAACUCGGCGCCGACGGGAGCAAAGAGCCCGGAGCAAGCUGCCAAGAGCCUUCCGAAGACUGGCGCUGAUGCUGCCCUCGAACUUCUCAACGAAACUGGCCCUCUAGCCCGCACUGUUGACCCAGAGCUGAAUAGAAGGCUCAAGCACCGCAUCGAUACUCACAUCAUGCCGCUGAUUUGCAUCGUAUACUUCUUGCAAUAUAUCGACAAGACAGCCAUCUCAUAUGCCAGCGUCACGGGCAUUCAGCAAUCCACUGGUCUCCACGGGAACCAAUUCAACUGGGUUGCUUCCAUCUUCUUCUUUGGCCAGCUCGCUUUCGAGUUCCCAACCAUCCGACUCAUCCAAAUGUUUCCUCUUGCGAAGUACACCUCCAUCAAUAUCAUUCUAUGGGGCGUCGUCCUAGCUUGCCUCGCCGCAUGCAAGAACUACGCUGGCCUGCUUGUCUGCCGUUUUCUCCUUGGUGCGUUCGAAGCGGCUGUAGUGCCUGCAUGGGUUCUCUUCACCUCCCAGUGGUACACCAAGCAGGAACAGGCAUUCCGCGUCGGAAUCUGGUUCUCUGUCUGUGGUGCAGCUCAAAUGUUUGGUGGCUUCUUCGCAUAUGGCGUCGCAACACACGUUGGAAAAGACCCCAACGCAGCUUUGAGGGGUUGGCAAGUGAUCUUCUUGUUCCUUGGUCUGCUGACCGCACUCGUUGGUAUCGCGUUCUUCUUCAUCAUGCCUGACUCGCCGGCCACUGCCAGAUUUCUUUCUCAGGAAGAAAAGGCGACUCACCUUGAGCGAAUCCGGGAUAAUGAGCAAGGUAUUGGCUCGCAGGAGUUCAAAUGGAAGCACGUCAAGGAGGCAUUGCUCGAUGUAAUGACUUGGCUUUAUGCUUUUUGGAUCUUCGCGGCCAACAUCCCCAACUCUAUUGCAACCAGCUUUGGCAACAUCUUAGUGCGAGGCAUGGGAUACACGAGUGAGGAGUCGCUUCUUCUCGUCACGCCACUCGGGGCUUACGAGAUCGUGGCGUUGGUCGGCCUGACUUGGCUAGCAAUGAAGACGAGACAACGACUCUACUGGUGCAUUGCCGGUCACAUCCCUGCCAUUAUCGGUGCUAUUCUCAUGGCUACAACUUCGAAGGUCCCAGCCUUGAUCGGGUACUACACUUCAGGAGGUAUCCCAAUCGGAUGGACGACGAUUCUGGGACUGCAGAGCACCAAUGUUGCAGGUUCCACCAAGAAAGUCACCGUCGCAUGCAUUGGGACCAUCGCAUACACCAUUGGUAACAUCAUAUCUCCUCAGACCUUCCAGGCCCGGGAUGCGCCUAGGUAUCUCCCUGCAAAGAUAUCCAUCUGCAUUAUUUACUUCUUGGUUACAGUCGACUUAUUCUUGAUGCGCUGGGUGUUGGAGAGAAGGAACAAAAAGCGUGAUGCUGAAAAGGCGGCUUUAGGAGAUGCUUAUAAAGUGGAGGAGAACCACGAGUUCUGGGAUUUGACGGAUCUCGAGAAUAAAGAGUUUAGAUAUGAGUUAUAA